CGUCCCGUCCCCCGCUCCCCCCGCCGGCGCAGCGCUGUGGUGAAGCCGCAUUGUUUGUGCUGAGGGGGGAGGGGAGGUUCUCAGCCCUAGGACGGAGCGCCGAGCCCGCAGCCGGACUGCGACCAGCUCUGCGCCUCCCGAAUGCGCCGCGCGCGGCCCGAGCAGGAGCCCCACACCCGCCGCCGGCAGCCCGAAGGCAGCACGGCACCGCCAGCGCCCGCUUGGCCGCCCGGGGCUGCUGGGAGCGGCAUCGGUGGAGCCGCCCCCGCCAUUAGACCGGCCGCAGCGCCGACCAGGAGACGAGGAGCAGGAGGGUCUGUCAGCCGCGCUCCGGCGGCUCCCACAGCGUAAUCAUUACCAAAUGAGGAGAAAAGGAAGAUGUCAUCGAGUAUCUGCAGCAAGGCAUUCUUCUUCCCCGUGCAGUAUUAAACACUCCCCUACACGAGAAACUUUGACAUAUGCUCAAGCUCAAAGGAUGGUUGAAAUAGAAAUUGAAGGUCGCCUGCACAGGAUCAGUAUUUUUGAUCCAUUAGAGAUUAUAUUAGAAGAUGAUCUCACAGCGCAAGAAAUGAGUGAAUGCAACAGCAAUAAAGAAAAUAGCGAGAGACCACCAGUUUGUCUGAGAGCCAAGCGGCAUAAAAAUAACAAAGUGAAAAAGAAAAAUGAAGCUCUUCCAAGUGCGCAUGGUACACCUGCUACAACAAGUCCUCUUCCAGAACCAAAAGUACGCAUUGUUGAGUACAGUCCACCUUCUGCCCCUCGGAGACCUCCAAUUUAUUAUAAAUUCAUUGAAAAGUCAGCAGAAGAACUUGACAACGAAGUGGAGUAUGACAUGGAUGAAGAAGAUUAUGCAUGGUUAGAAAUAAUAAAUGAAAAGCGAAAAAGUGAUGGCGUAUCAGUUGUGUCACAAAAUAUGUUUGAAUUCCUUAUGGACAGGUUUGAAAAAGAGUCUUAUUGUGAGAACCAAAAACAGGGUGACCAUCAGUCUUUAAUUGAUGAAGAUGCAGUAUGUUGUAUAUGCAUGGAUGGUGAAUGUCAGAACAGCAAUGUAAUCCUAUUUUGUGAUAUGUGUAAUUUAGCAGUGCAUCAGGAGUGCUAUGGGGUGCCAUAUAUACCUGAGGGUCAAUGGCUCUGCAGACGCUGUCUGCAGUCCCAUUCCCGGCCUGUAGACUGUGUGCUGUGCCCAAACAAGGGAGGUGCCUUUAAAAAGACUGAUGAUGAUCGCUGGGGACAUGUUGUGUGUGCUUUGUGGAUUCCAGAAGUUGGAUUUGCCAAUACAGUUUUUAUUGAGCCAAUUGAUGGUGUCAGAAACAUUCCCCCAGCCAGAUGGAAGUUAACAUGCUACCUCUGUAAACAGAAAGGCGUUGGUGCCUGCAUCCAGUGCCACAAAGCAAACUGUUACACAGCAUUCCAUGUGACAUGUGCUCAAAAGGCUGGUUUGUAUAUGAAAAUGGAACCUGUGAAAGAAUUAACUGGCAGUGGGACAACGUUCUCUGUAAAAAAGACUGCCUAUUGUGAUGUACAUACUCCACCAGGUUGUAUACGGCGACCUCUAAAUAUUUAUGGAGAAGUUGAUGUGAAAAAUGGUGUGUGUAGAAAAGAGGGCUCAGUCAGAACUGCAAGGUCUACAUCAAAAGUCAGAAAAAAGGCAAAAAAGGCCAAGAAAUCAGUGGUUGAACCCUGUACAGCUAUGCCAACAGUAUCUGCUCCUUAUAUUCCCCCUCAGAGAUUAAAUAAAAUUAUGAAUCAGGUGGCCAUUCAACGGAAGAAGCAGUUUGUUGAAAGAGUACACAGUUACUGGUUACUUAAAAGACUGUCUAGGAAUGGUGUUCCUCUGUUGAGAAGGCUGCAGUCCAGUUUACAGUCACAAAGAAACAUACAACAGAGAGAAGAUGAUGAAGAAAUGCAAGCCCUAAAGGAGAAGUUAAAGUACUGGCAAAGGCUGCGCCAUGAUCUUGAGAGAGCACGUUUGUUGAUUGAACUUAUACGUAAACGUGAAAAAUUGAAAAGAGAACAGAUCAAGGUUGAGCAGGUCGCCAUGGAGCUCCAGUUGACUCCAUUCACUGUAUUGUUGCGAUCAGUUCUGGACCAGCUGCAGGAAAAGGAUUCUGCUCGAAUAUUUACUCAGCCAGUAAACCUUAAGGAGGUUCCAGAUUAUUUGGAUCAUAUAAAACAUCCCAUGGAUUUAUCUACUAUGAGAAAACGGUUAGAUUCCCAAGGCUAUAAAAACCUUAAUGAGUUUGAAGAAGAUUUUAAUCUUAUUAUAGAUAACUGUAUGAAAUACAAUGCAAAGGAUACAAUAUUCUAUAGAGCUGCCGUGCGAUUAAGAGAUCAAGGAGGUGUUGUUCUGAGACAAGCUAGGCGAGAUGCUGAGGGGAUCGGUUAUAAUAAUGAAACUGGAAUGCAUUUACCUGAACAGCCUAAACUAGAAUCACCCCAGCCUUUCUCCUGGGAAGAAGUGGAUAGGUUACUGAAUCCAGCUAACAGAGUGCAUAUGUCCUUGGAAGAACAGCUGAGAGAGUUGUUAGAAAAACUUGAUCUCACCUGUGCAAUGAAAUCCAGUGGGUCAAGGAGCAAACGAGCAAAGCUGUUAAAGAAAGAAAUCAGCAUUAUUCGCAACAAACUAAGUCAACAACACAGCCAACCUCCGCAAAUAGAAUCAGGUAUUGGAAGUUUUGAAGAGGAAAGUGCAGCAUUAGAACAAGAAGGUGAAGAAGAAGGAGAUAAAUCUCCCCCUAAACUUGAACCAUCAGAUGCAUUACCUCUUCCUUCAAACUUGGAGACUAAUUCAGAACCACCAACCCUCAAACCAGUAGAACUCAAUCCAGAGCAGAGUAAGCUUUACAAAAGAGUAAAAUUUGAUAAUGAAUUAUAUAGCACUUCCAUUCAGAAAGAAAUAAAUGGACACACUCCAGAACACUUACUUGACAGUAAUCUCAAUGAGUCGACUGUUUCUGCUGUAGCUGAGUCAUCAACUGAUGUAAACAGACGUACAUCCAUUCUCUUCUGCAAAUCAAAAAGUAUAAGCCCCCCAAAGUCUGCAAAGAACACUGAAACCCAGCCAACUUCUCCACAGCUAGGGACCAAAACCUUUUUGUCUGUAGUCCUUCCAAGGUUGGAGACUCUUCUGCAGCCAAGGAAAAGAUCAAGAAGUGCAUGUGGAGAUUCUGAGGUUGAUGAUGAGUCCCCUGUAAAGCGCUUGGAUACAGGCCUAUCAAAUGGUUUUGGAGAUGGAAGUAAAGAGAGAGAGUUAGAUGAUGCUCCAGGAAGAAAAGUUGAACCUCGUCGCCGCUGUGCAUCCGAAUCUAGCAUAUCCUCCAGUAACAGCCUUUUAUGUAAUUCAAGUUUUAGCUUGCCAAAGUGUGGUAAAGGCAAACCAGCGCUUAUACGAAGACACACCUUGGAAGACCGAAGUGAGUUGAUAUCAUGCAUUGAAAAUGGAAACUACGCAAAAGCAGCAAGAAUUGCAGCUGAAGUUGGACAUAGCAGUAUGUGGAUUUCAACGGAUUCUGCAACAUCUGUUCUUGAGCCUCUGAAAGUAGUGUGGGCCAAAUGCAGUGGAUAUCCCUCCUAUCCAGCACUGAUUAUUGACCCUAAGAUGCCUCGUGUUGCCGGUCAUCACAAUGGUGUUACAAUACCAGUGCCACCUCUAGAUGUAUUGAAAAUUGGAGAACAAAUGCAGACCAAAUCUGAUGAGAGGCUUUUCUUAGUUUUGUUUUUUGACAAUAAAAGAAGUUGGCAGUGGCUUCCAAAAUCCAAAAUGGUUCCCCUGGGGAUUGAUGAGACCAUAGAUAAGUUAAAAAUGAUGGAAGGUCGAAACUCAAGCAUUCGUAAAGCUGUGAGAAUUGCUUUUGAUCGUGCUAUGACUCAUCUAAGUAGAGUCCAUGGAGAACCAGUUAGCGACUUCAGUGAUAUUGACUAACAAAGGUGCUACCAAGGCAAGAAACACACCACACAUAGACUUGAACUUUAUUAAUAAACCUCAUUGUGUAAAAGAAUGUAUUGACAAUACAACUCCUUAAUCAUUGAUUCAGUGGCUGAGUUCUGCAAACUUCAAACAGCUGAGCAGUUUCUCUAAAUCACCAUUGCCAUAUAGAUUAAUGAUUUUAUCAUCGUGUUGUAGUUUGGAGGAUUUUCCACUAAAGCUGUUAAAAUGUCUUGUUCAUAGUGUUCAUAAAUUGUACAUAUAUGUAUAUUCAACACUUAACUUAUUCUGAUUUUAGAGGUAGCUCUUUAAUUCCCUUUUUUAAUUUUGAUGGGGAGAGAGUAGGUUUUCAUUUCCAUGUUUUUUACAUAUUAAAAAAAAAAAAGUAACGUACAUAAGCACCAUCUUCCAGCUUAAGGUGCUUAGUGAAUCUUAAAGCCUAAUAUCAAAAUAACAUCAAAGAUAUGUUUGCCUAAAUCAUAUAUUAUACAAUAUGGUGCUGCUUGUAUCAUUUUUCCUUGAUCUGUAGCUUUUGAAAGACUUGUGAAUGUUUAAUUUUGUGUAAAUCAUUGCUCUUUGCACAAAGUACCACAUAUUUAAGAUUGAUGUAAAUUUACCAUUACAAAUAUGUAUUUUAAGAAAGAAAAUUACAUUAUUUUGGAGGGUACUUUGUGAGAAAGGCAUCGAGUAAAAUUAUGCUAUGUACAUCACUUGCAAAUCACCAAAAACACUCCAUUAUUGCCCAAAAUAACUUUUUAAGAGAUUUUUUUCCCCAUUUUUUCUUUGUUUUAAACAAACUUGGCUUAAAGCCAGUGAGCACAUUUUUUUCGAAACCAUCCCAUCCAUCUCCCAUAGAUAAUAUUUUUUUUCAUAUAUGUGCCUCCCUGUUUUAUUUAUUGUAGAAAAUGUAUUAAUUUGCUUUAUAAUGAAAAAUAAAUUUGACAAAGUAUAUUGAUAUGCAUUUUUAUACAGGCACGUGAGAAGACAACUUGCUUUGGGAGAAAAAUGUAUUGGAAAUUGUAUAAAAUGACUUGAUGGCUUGUGUGUAAUUUGAUUUUUUGUAACCUGUAUGCCUUUGUUUCCAAUGAGGGGAUUUAUGUAACUUUUAAUUUAGAACACUUUGGUAGCAAUAGAAACUUUGGAUACAUUUUUGUAUGGUACAUGUGAUGUAUAUAGAAUUAGUACUUUAUUUUUAUUUUUAAGAAGUAAAGCAUUAUGUAUGGGUGUGGGAAAAGAAAGAAGGGGGGGUUUCCAGAACUGCAUUUUUUUAUAUUAAAAAAAUAAAGUCAAGAUAUUGAUUGUUGUAGCUACUUUAUUCCUACGUUCACUGAAAUACUGAAUUUGUAACAAUGAAAAUGGCAAGGUAUGUUUGCAAUGUGAUUUAUAAUGACUCCAUUAUUUAUAAAUGCACUGUGUUGAACUCUCUUUUGCAGUGAUAUCUUAAAUACUGUACCAAGUUAUAUAAUAUGCAACACCAAAUAAUGCAUAUGAAUGCACAAAGUAUUUAUGCCCAGCUUUUUUUAAAUAAUGGAUUAGCGAAUACAGCAAAACCAAUACUUUUAAAAUCUUUUUUUAAUUCAUUGAAUAGCAUUCUGCAUUGUUAAACCUGCUUGAAUCUUUAUUUUAAAGGGACAGUAAAUUACUUUUUAAAUACUUUUUGAUGUUUUUAUUCUCUAUGGUUUGUAAUACCCCUUUAGAAACUUGAAAUAAAAUUUCUUUCUCAACUGAUAA